CUGGGAGCUUCCAGUUCAGUAUAAAAGCGAAAGCCAGGGGUUAGAAAUAACUUUCCUUUAAAGUUCUAGAAAGUGGAAGUAUUGCUUGGAGUUAAAGGAUCAACGGGCCGCUGCGUAAAGGGGAUGCGCGCAUAAAGUUUGAACACGCAAAGAGAUAAAGAGAACCAGCGGCAGAUUCGAGUGCAAGUUUAAACUUCAUUUGUAAACCAAGAACUUUUGCGAGUCUGAAGUCAGCUGAAGAUGGCAGAAGGAGACUUUUACACGAUGGGAAACCGGCAGCGGUUUCCAAGAGACCCGUUUGUUGAAUCCCCGUUCCGGGACCAGUCCCCGUUCCGGGAUCAGCUCGGAUCCCGGUUCAUGGAAGACGAGUUCGGGAUGCCGCCUUUCCCCGACGACCUCGGGAUUGACUGGCCCGGCUGGGCUCGGCCCGGUCGGCUGAGCACGCGGAUCGGCACGUCGCCCUUUGCCGGCGGUUUACGCACAGGGUUCCCGGCGCGUCACUCCACGGGAGGCCCCGCGCUGUACACGAGCAGGUACGGCGAGACGUCCCCGCGCAGCUCCCCCACGACCACAGGUGGGGAGCCCUGGAAGGUAUGCGUGAACGUCCACAGCUUCAAGCCAGAGGAGUUAAACGUGAAGACCAGAGACGGUUUUGUAGAAGUUUCAGGAAAACAUGAAGAAAAGCAGGAGGAGGGAGGCAUCGUGACGAAGAAUUUCACAAAGAAGAUACAGAUCCCCACCGAUGUGGACCCCCUCACAGUCUUCGCCUCCUUGUCGCCUGAGGGCGUCCUUAUCAUCGAGGCUCGGCAGACACCCCCGUACUACCUCUUUAGCAGUGAAGACUCCCAGGGGGGUGAAACUCAGGAGACGGAGGCCCCCAAACCACAAGAGGCCCCAGCAGUCUAAUCCCGACACCGUACACGAACACAUCAUCCACCGCAAUCAGUUACGAGUUGGAAAUGAAACCUGUUCGCUGAGCUAUCAUCCUAUUUAAACUCUAAUUUUAAAAAAAUUAGUCUGAAAUUUAUUGGGGCAGGGAAGUUCUAUUGGAUGUCUUUGUUAAUAUUGCAUAAAACAGUUCUUUUAUACAACAAAAGCCUCUUCUUAGCACCAACAGACAUGUUAUAAUAAUGCAUUCUGUUUUAUUUCUCUUUCAGUACGACUAAAACCAACACUAACAAUUUGUAAAAAAAAUAUUAUUUUGCAUUAGAAGAUACAUUUUAAUUGCAUUAUCAAUAGGUCUACAGCAACACCUUGUGUUUGUAAUAUUUUUUGCAAAAUACGAAACUAGAUGAAGGUUUUUGUUUUUAUUUCUUUACUUAGACGAUGGAUAUCGGCAAUGAAUACUUUCUAGUUUUUAUGUCUGCAUUUGAUUUUAAAGAAGUUUUCCUUUAUAAUAAAAUAUAAAUAAAUAAAAGAAAAA